AUUGAUUUUUUCCUUUUUUGAUAUUAUUUAUUUCUUAACUUUUUUUUUUUCUUUAUUUUAGAUAUGUACAGUGCUAACAAUCGUCUGUACGCUAAAAUUUUUGGCCACACCACCAGCAGACGAUAUACGAGCUGGUUAUACACCACAUCGUGCACGAGCCUACAAAGAACUUCAAGUGUUUCGUAACUUCAAUGAUGGCAAAGAUCCACUGUUGUUAUACGUGCUGAUAAUGGCAAAAGAUGGCGGAACAAUGACACGUUUGGAACACUUGAAUGACACUGUUGAUAUUCUGGAUUAUGUGGGCACAAAUUUUCCAGUCAAGAAUCUUACCUACUAUGAUAUCUGUGAAAAUUUUUGCCUAGCAAACGAAGCUGUACGACAAUUCCGGAAUGGUUUACUGUUAAGUGCGACCAACAAAGUUGUGGACAAUGAUUUUCUAAAUCUGUCCUAUCCAAUAAUGCGAUUUGUUGGCCACGAUUUAGACUUAUCACCAAGUUUUUUUGGUGUUAAAACUAUUGAUACGAGCACCGUUGAAAAUCGUAGCAGUAUCAGCAGCAGCAAAACCAUUAACAAUGAUGACAGCGAUAAUGACAAUAAUUCAACAACAGUAGUAACACCAGCGAUGUCAGCUGUAUCAAACAUUGAGCACCUGAAGCUUGUUGUACUUCAUUUUCGUGCUCCACAACCCACAGAAUGGAAUUUUUUCGAUAUGGCAGAAUGGGAACGAUCUGUGGGGAACUAUAUAACAAAGGAGUAUCGCAGUAAGUAUGUCGAUCCAAUAGUAUUUUCAGUGGUCUAUACACAAGACGAAGUUAUUCGUACCGGUCAAUCAUUACAUCCAUAUUUGGUUGUUGGCUUCACCGUUAUGGUGACAUUUUCGUUGCUUACCGUCUAUAUUGGUGCAAAAUACAACGACCAGGUAAAAUAAUA